CGAUGCAGCCAGUGAGUCUGUCUCAAAUUUCCUGAAAAGGCUGGAGCACGUUUUCUUCUUGAUGGUCGAACCUCUGACCCUCGAAAACUACAAGGCGCAGUUCGACGAGGAGGACCCUUUCGAUGCUGAGGAUAUGGAGGAGAUGAGCGACUCCGAAACCUUUGAUUUCGAGUCCAUGCCACUUCCUCGGGUGGUUGCACAGGUUGAUGAUGAAGGGGAAGGUGUUCCUCGGAAAUAUAGCAUGUCCCCUGCCGGUUUGAAGCAUGUGUUUGAGCGUGAAACAGUCGAGGACCAAUCUUCUGAUGACGGGGAAGAAGAGAGAGACUAUGAUUACAAACCUGGUGACAAGCUCCCUAGGGACCAUGAUACCUGGGAUAAUGACAGGCUCUUCUUCUACGGGAAGCAUCACCGGCUCACGUCAAAGGAUGUCUGGGGCCACAACGUCGUCUGGCACCCCAGGAAAUUCCAACCUGCUGGAAAGACUGGAAAGUGGGUCAUGGCAAUGAAGGAAGUCGAUGGUAAGUGGAGUGGCAUGAACAGACAAGGAGCGGGUCCAUUUAAGAAAAAGGCAACAGAAGCUUUGGUGGAGCAUUUGGGGGUUAUGAACCUCGACAGGAUCCUGCCGGACGUCAAUGCGUAUGCAGGCCAAAAGCUAGAUGAGUUGUACGCCAACAAAAUGUUGGAGUUUCGAGCGCCUUUCUAUGCACUCGAGACGAGACCGUCUCGUGGCAUUGACUGGCGCAUGUCCCAACCUCCGUCGGGUGGUCAGCAUCCGGGAGGCGGUGGGCGAGGUGAUGGAGGAGACAGCGCAGGACCCGGUGGAGGAGCUGACGGAGGAGACGACUCAGGAUCUGGUGACGACGAAGCAAAGGGAAAGGGGCCAGGCGAAACGUCGUCGGAACCAAAGGGCUCCGCGGAAAACGGUUCGGCGAAAAAGGGUCCGGCGGAAAGGGGUCGGGCGGAAAGGGGUCGGGCGGAAAGGGGUCAGGCGGAAAGGGGCCGGGCGGAAAGGGGCCGAGCGGAAAGCAUAGAGCGUUCGGGAGUCAUGAGUCUAGCGGAACUGAAAGCUGUUGCGAAGGGAGUCGAGACUCGGACAUGCGAGACGAGGCGGCACGGAGGUCUUAUCAAGUGCGAGUACAUUCGCACUUAGCAAGAGUGCUGCGGAUCCGGGGAAGAGGAGCUGUCACAGGGCGCACAUGCUGUGCAUCGGGAAGAGGAGACUCAACACUGGCCGCCUCGCAGAGUGUUGGAUGAUCUCGACGCAGGAGUGUUGGAGACCAGGGCCAGCGGGCAUCUACGUCAUCCUUCAAAGGGUGCGUCCGUCGACUUAGAGAGCAAGAGUACACCACCUUCGGGGGAAGGGGACCUCUCACAUGAAGCGCAUGUUGUGCAGCGGGAAGAGGAAACUCAACAUUGGCCGCCUCACGAAGUGUGGGAGGGGCUCGAUGUUGGAGUGUUUGAGACCGAUGCUAGUGAGCAUCAGUGUCAUGCUUCGGAGGGCGCGUCCGUCGAUGUGGAGAGCAAAAGUGCAGCAGCUUUGGGGGAAGAAAACCUCUCACAGGAAGCGCAUGCUGUGCAGCGGGAUGUCGGGUCGGGCGGAGGUGAGAGCCACUGCGCAGGGAGUCGAGAUUCUAACACGCUCGUCGGGAAUGCCAUCAACAUCGGGGACACCGAUUUGGUUUUGCACAGCGGGUCGCCACUGACGAUGCAAGAGGGUGGCGUUAAGGGAGGUCAUGAGACGUUUGUGGAAGGCAAAGACCGUGGGCGGGAAGGACGUGCAUGGAGGUUUGGGAAAGCUUGUCUUUGUGGCUAUGAGGAGGGUGAAGAAGGACCCGUGGUGGAAACUCGGCUUCGUGACGAUGAGGAAGGCGAAGGACUCGUGGGGGAAGCUAAGCUUUUUGGCGGUGAGGUGUUGGCUCGGCUAAAUGACGAUGAGGCAGGCGAGGAAACCGUGGGGGGAACUCAGCCUUAUGCUCGUGACGUGUCAACUGGGCUUCAUGCCGGUGAGGUGUCGGCUCGUCCGAUGGGUUCGGAGAGGACAGAUCAUGAUUCUCAGUCCACCAGCUGCAGUGAAGAGAAAGGUGAUCGAGCGUUUGCCCUCAGUUCCGGUCGGGAAACGGUGCUUCAUGAAGCUACGAAGUUGGUUAGCGACUUUGCUGCCAUCGAGCUGGUUAGCGUCUCAGGGGUGGUCGAGAUGCAGAACAUCGAAUCCUCCACGGACGUCGGCACAGUGGCGCGACAGGAGGUCGGUUCCCCUCGACGGACUCCCGAGCACGGUAAGAUUUGUGAACAGUAGCACUCUCACAUCUGUCCAUGUUCAGCUCUGUGGUCAUCCACAUUGAAUUGAUGGGCUCAUGUGGCUAUUACCACUUCUUAAACAAAAGUUUGUGGGUUGU